AUGUCGCUCAACGUCAACCUCUCAUCCAGCGCCAUCCGCGACGCCUACGAAAAGGUGCUCGAUGGUGCCAAGGACUAUCUCGUGCUCACUUACGAAAAGGCUUCUAAUGAUCUUCGUGUCCAAGUGGUCGAGAAUGGUGAUCUGGACGAUCUUAACGAGGAAUUCUCCGACGGCCGCAUUCAGUACGCCUUUGCUCGCGUGAAGGACCCCAACACGCAGCUGCCCAAAUUUGCGCUCAUCAACUGGUGCGGCGAAGGUGUGCCAGAGAACCGCAAGGGUCUUUUCGCUACCCACUCAUCCGCCGUGGCUCAGUACUUGAAAGCGUAUCAUGUCAGCAUCAAUGCACGCUCCGAGGGUGAUGUGGAUCCCAAGCUCAUCAUGCGACGAAUUGCAGAAUCUUCCGGUGCCAACUACUCGGCGGCUGGCAAGGCUGCCAACACUCACUCGGGCGGUCCCAUCGGCUCGGUGGGUUCGAGCUACAAGCCCAUUGGUACGCCCGAUAUUCGAGGAAUGCAAAAGACAGCUCCUAAGGACACGAUCGCGCCUGUGGGCACCACCUAUGCUUCCAAGCGAGACGAAUUGCAGCAGAUCCGAUCUGGUUCUGCGCCAGCACCUCAGAUUCCUACGGCUCCUCGUGUCAACGCACCCGCUUUCGACUCUACCCCCGCUCCUGCUCCCGCACCGUCCGGUCCCCCUGCGCCAUCCGUGCCUGCUGCUCCUUCGGCAUCAGUAGUGUCAGCUCCCAAACCAGCUAGCACUCCAUCGAUCCCACCCGCGCCUCGUCCGGAAGCUUCGUCGGCGCCACCCAAGCCCGCGGAGGACGAUCGAAUUCAACCCGUCGGCACUGCGUACCAGCCCGUCAGCCUGGGCAAGCCUGGCAAGCUCAACAUGGCCAACCGCUUCCCCUUUGGUCAGCAGGAAGAUACUUCGUCUUCAUCCGCUCCUGCGCCCACGCCCCGUGUCGCCUCGGGUGGAACCGCCGGCAAGUUGACCUGGAGCCAACGACAGGAAGCGGCGCGCAAGGAACGCGAAGAAGAAGAGGCGCGCGUCAAGCAGCUUUCUUCCGGUAUGCGUACUACUAGCUUUGGUACUGGCGGAGCAGGUGCGGGUUCAGCCACGGUUCCCAAGGCUCCCACUACACCAGCUGCACCGGCCGCUCCCGCUGCACCUCCUGCACCUCCUGCUCCCCCUGCUCCUGCGGCAGGGGCGGUAGCAUCGGAAGAAGAAGCGGAUAAAGUGCCACCUCCACCACCCGCUCCGCCUGCGCCUCCUGCUGCUGAUGUCGAAGAAACCACGAAGCAACUCGGGUCUACCCAUCUUGGAGGUGCGGCCGCAGGUGGUGGCGGUGGUGGUCUGCGAGGUCGCGUAGCAUGGGCGUACGAGGCAGCCGAAGACAAUGAACUGACGCUGGUGGAGGGAGCAAUCAUUUCCAACAUUGAGCAGAUCGACGAGGGAUGGUGGUCCGGUGUGGAUGAGCACGGUCAAGAAGGUCUUUUCCCCGCCUCGUACGUCGAGCUAAUGGAAGGCGAUGCGGAGCAGGAAGAAGCAGCUCCACCGGCGCCACCUGCUCCCCCUGCACCGCCUGCUGAGCCAGAGCAAGAAGACGACAUUCCACCGCCUCCGCCUCCGCCGCCUGCACCCCCUGCAGCGGUAGCACACGAAGAAGAGGAAGCGCCUGCGCCCCCACCGCCUCCUCCUGCACCUCCCGCGCCUGCUGCUGCUGCUGGCGGAGCGUCAUCGCGUGGACUGGUGUGCACUGCCAUGUACGACUUUGACGCCUCGGAGGACAACGAACUGACGUUUAGUGAGGGCGACACCAUCAUCCACAUCGACGACCAGAUCAGCGACGACUGGUGGAGCGGCACCAACGAGCGUACGGGUGCCCAGGGUCUGUUCCCUGCCAACUACGUUGAGCGGGUCUAA